UUGCGAGUGAUUUUUGGACAAUUGAGUUUAGUGAAUUGAGCUGGGUUCGAUGGAACCUAUUUGCUGGAUUACAUCGAACCCAGAUUUGCUGGGUUACGUUGAACUUCCGAUGGGCAAAGAAGCAAUUGUUAGUGAUUUUGAAGAUUUUGCUGCACGGGUGGCACAUAAGGCUGGGAAUGCUCCCUUUGUGGAGGUGCAUUAUGUUGUGGGUGUCCUCCAUUCGAUCGGUGCGGAAGUGGCAGAUAUCUGGGCUAUUGGUGAUUGCCCAGUUCUACUGCACGUGGUGCAGCCUCAACAGGAUCUGGCUGCACUGGUCCGCCUGCUACUUGCUGAAUCUGGGGAGGUGGCUGUGGCAGAUUAACUUGCCCCUCGAGUGCUGGAGCUGGAAUAUUUUGAUUCUGCCUUUGAAAAUUUGUUGCUUGUGGCUGAGGUUCAAUUCUGGCAUGUCGAAAUGCCUCCUACAUUCGUUCUGUUUCAGAAUGGAAAGCUCUCCAAUUUUCUGCAUUUUGCUCGUGCCAGAUUCUAACACUU